GCUGAGCGCUAGGAGGCCAGGCCGGCAGAGGAGGCGCCACAUCCGGCGGCUUCCCAGCUGUGCAUAAAGCCACCGCUGCUGCCGCUGCCGCUGUUAGCUUACAGCAGCAGCUCUGGCCUCUUCUCGGCUGCAGGAGCAGCUGCUCCCAUGCCCCAGAGCGGCCAUGAGCGCCCCGCACUGGUGGGACCAGCUGCGGGCUGGCAGUUCGGAGGUGGACUGGUGCGAGGACAACUACACCAUCGUGCCUGCCAUCGCCGAGUUCUACAACACGAUCAGCAACGUCUUGUUUUUCGUUUUACCGCCCAUCUGCAUGUACUUGUUUCGUCAGUAUGCAACAUGCUUCAACAGUGGCAUCUACUUAAUAUGGACUCUUUUAGUUGUAGUGGGAAUUGGAUCCGUCUACUUCCAUGCAACCCUGAGUUUCCUGGGUCAGAUGCUAGAUGAACUUGCCAUUCUUUGGGUUCUGAUGUGUGCUCUGGCCAUGUGGUUCCCUAGAAGGUAUCUACCAAAGAUCUUUCGUAAUGACAGGGGCAGGUUCAAGGCGGUGGUCUGCGUUCUGUCUGCAGUUACAACAUGCCUGGCGUUUGUCAAGCCUGCCAUCAACAACAUCUCUUUGAUGACUCUAGGGGUUCCUUGCACUGCCCUGCUUGUUGCAGAGCUAAAGAGGUGUGACAACGUGCGUGUGUUUAAGCUGGGCCUCUUCUCGGGCCUCUGGUGGACCCUCGCCCUUUUCUGCUGGAUCAGUGACCGAGCCUUCUGUGAGCUGUUGUCGUCCUUCCACUUUCCCUACCUGCACUGUGUGUGGCACAUCCUCAUCUGCCUUGCCGCCUACCUGGGCUGCGUAUGCUUUGCCUACUUUGAUGCUGCCUCUGAGAUCCCUGAGCAGGGCCCGGUCAUCAGGUUCUGGCCCAGCGAGAAAUGGGCCUUCAUCGGCGUUCCCUAUGUAUCCCUUCUGUGCGCCAACAAGAAAUCAUCAGUCAAGAUCACGUGAUGGGAAGGCGGGGGCUGGCUUCUCUGCUUAUGUUUCCUCAUGCAUUUUUCAGCAAAGACAGCUGAGGGGUUCUCAGAGUUGGUGGGGGGGGGGGUCUGGUUUUUUUUUUUUUUUUUAAUUCUGUUCCCUUGGGCUCUAACUGGUGUGUCUGUGACCUGAGAAAUGAGUGUCUUACCCUUUCCCAAAGAUGGAAAGUAGAGGGCUGAGGGCACUAGGUGUAUCUUCUCAGCGUCACUUCCAGACGCAGUGGCUUGUUGGGCUGCGUCCUUUGUGGCAAUGGUAGAGCAGUCACUGGGGGGACCCAGUGACGCACAAUGUCUCGCUUUCUGGAGAGUUUACCUGCUCCAGACCCCACCAUUCCUGUCGACGGACUGAUU